AUGGGAGGAAAAGCCCCGAGUCUUAUUACGACCGAUGAAGAUGCUAGCAUGAGAUCUGCAAUUGCCUCUGUUUUCCCAGAUACAGUUCACAGGUUAUGCGUGUGGCAUAUAAUGGAGAAAGUUCCAGAAAAGGUUGGUCCAGAAACAAGAACUGACAAAUCAUUUUGGGCUAGUUUGAAUGCUUGUGUGUGGGGUUCAGAAACUGGAUAUGAGUUUGAAACACAGUGGAAUGCUCUCAUAAUUAAGUACGGUCUCGAGGGGAAUGCAUGGCUGGCUAAUAGGUACGAUAUUCGUGAAUCAUGGAUUCCAGCAUAUUUUCAGAACAUACCGCUUGCCGGGCUCCUUAGGACAACUUCAAGGUCUGAAAGUGCAAACUCGUUCUUUAAUCGCUUUAUCCACCGCAAAUUAUCUUUUGUUGAGUUUUGGCUUAGACUUGAUACAGCAUUGGAAUGCCAGCGGCAAGAGGAGUUAAAGGAAGACCAUAUGACUGUACAUGCCAUGCUGCAGCUGAUAACAGGAUGGUCCGUGGAGAAACAAGGUAGCAUGCUGUACACACGUAACGUGUUCAAAAAAUUCCAAACAGAAGUGCAAGCUGCUAGAGACCACUGCAGAGUUGUUAGCAUUACAGAGUUUGAGAGUGUAAAAAUGGUGGUCAUUAAUGACGGGUCCAUGAAGGACAGGGUGGUUCGAUGGUGCACAUCAGAUAUAUUUGGGUGCUGCUCGUGCAUGUUAUUUGAGACACUGGGGAUUCCAUGUCGCCAUAUCAUUUUGGCAGCAAGAGGUGAAAAGCUUGAAGAACUACCUUUAGCUUACAUUUUAAAAAGGUUCGAAAUUCUAUGCAAGAGAGAGCGAGUGUACGAUGAGGAAGGAAACUUAUUGGACGAGAAGCCCAUAGAUGCAAAUGAAGUGGAAAGCCGGAAAAAGAUAUCAACGGUGAGAAACAAGGUAGAAGAUUUGAUUCAACAAGCAAAGGGUUCAAAAGAAGGCAUGGAUUUUUUAGUUUCAAGUGUUAUGAAUAUAGAAGCUUCUCUUGGUCACAUUUUACCUACCAUAGUGCAAACUAGACGAGACGAGUACGAGGGUUUCAUUGGUUGCCAAAUCCCGGAUCAAAUUAAUAUACAUCCACCAACUGAUGUUCUAUCGAAGGGAAGGAGUAAAAGACUCAAGAAGUCUAAGGAGCUUCCUAAACCACGGAAGAGAAAGAAUACCAAUCAGGAGGCACCAUCUCAGUAG